UCCUUGUCCCUCUCUGUCGCACUCUGCACCUUCUGCCCCAGAGACGCACCUUUCUCCUCUUCAGGGAACCUCCACGCUCUCUCAUGGAGGGCCACGACACGCGUGGACUGCGGCUGCUCGCCUUGGUAUUGGCAUGCGGGGGGCUGCUGUCUGCCUUCAACCUGGACGCCGACAACUUCCUGAGGAGAGACGGGGACCCGGGCAGCCUGUUCGGCUUCUCCCUCGCCAUGCACCGGCAGCUUUACCCGGAGGAUAAGAGAAUGCUGCUGGUUGGAGCACCAAAGGCCAAAGCAUGGCAGGCUCAAAAAUCUAAGGUGACAGGAGGACUCUACAAGUGUGAGAUGAACUCUGACGCGUGCACAAGAGUUGUUUUUGAUAAUGAUGAGGAUCCAACAAUUGAAAACAAAGAAGAUCAGUGGAUGGGGGUGACAGUGAGCAGUCAGGGACCAGGAGGCAAAGUUUUAACCUGUGCUCAUCGCUACAAGCGGCAGAAAAACGUCAACACUUCUCUCGAAACCCGUGACAUCAUUGGCCGUUGCUAUGUGCUGAGUCAGGACCUAACUAUUAAUAGCAGAUCAAGUGAAGAUGGUGGACGCUGGCAUUUCUGUGACAAUCGGAACCGGGGCCACGAAAGGUUUGGUUCCUGCCAGCAGGGCCUCUCUGCAACAUUUGACAAGGACUUCCACUACUUCAUCUUUGGGGCUCCUGGAGCUUACAACUGGAAAGGCGUGGUACGCUUGGAACAAAAGAACGACACCUUCAUAGAUCUGGAGAUCUAUGAUGAUGGACCAUUCGAGGCAGGAGAUGAGACUGAGAAGGACCCUGACCUGGUCCCUGCUCCUCCCAACAGCUACAUGGGAUUCUCCCUGGACUCUGGGAAAUCUUUGACCACCAAGGGUCAGCUGACGGUGGUAGCAGGAGCUCCCAGAGCUUACUACAGUGGAGCGGUGGUUCUGCUAAAGACAGGAGGGGAAUCCACCAGGGUAAUGCUCGAGGAGUACACUCUUAAAGGGGAAGGCCUGGCCUCGUCUUUUGGAUACGAUCUGACUGUGCUGGAUCUCAAUGGAGACGGCUGGGAGGACAUUGUGGUCGGAGCCCCUCAGUACUUUGAGAAGGAUUCAGAAAUUGGAGGAGCCAUCUACAUUUACAUCAACAAGGCUGGAAGGUGGAACAAAGUCAAACCAGCCAGAAUAGAUGGAGCAGCAGACUCUAUGUUCGGCCUGGCUGUGGAAAACCUGGGAGACAUCAACCAGGAUGGUUACCAUGAUUUUGCAGUUGGAGCGCCUCAUGAAGACAGCGGUGCGGGAAAAGUUUACAUUUAUCACGGAUCUGCCACAGGACAAAUCUCAGACAAAGCUUCACAGGUAUUAUCUGGCAAGCCUUUGGGAGUCAGCCUUUUUGGGUAUUCUCUAGCAGGCAACAUGGACCUGGACAGAAACUCUUAUCCAGACAUGGCUGUCGGAUCCCUCUCAGAUGCUGUCUUUGUCUACAGAGCCCGACCGGUUGUUAACAUCCGGAAGAAAAUAACUUUUUCACCAAGUAAAAUCGACCUCAGCCAGAAGAACUGCGGCAACACUUUCUGCCUGAAAGUAAAGACCUGUUUCAGCUACACUGCUAACCCAAGCAGCUAUGCUCCAAAACUAAAGGUGGCCUACACUCUGGAGGUGGAUGCUGACCGCAGGAAAAACAGUCUGUUACCAAGGGCAAUUUUCACAGAACCUUCUGACUCUGAUGUUAACCAUAAAUCCAAAGGGACCAUUACUAUGGACACAAAAGGAAAGGAGCAGUGUGUUACACGCCAACUUGCUAUACAGGAAAAUAUUAAAGACAAGCUACGGGCAAUCCCCAUUGAUGUUUCUGUGAAGAUUCAAGAUGCUAAGCGUGAACGUAGACAGACCCAAACUUCUCAGCUGUCACCUGUCCUUGAUGCCAACGACGCAAAGACAGCUAGAAAACAGGUGGAAUUUUUUAAAGAAGGAUGUGGCAUGGAUGAGGUGUGUCAAAGCAACCUGCUGGUGAAAUAUCGCUAUGGUUACCGAACAACUGAUGAAGAUACAUUCACUCCUUUGAAAAUGGAGAAUGGCGUACCGGUGAUGACGCUCAGCAGCCAAAAAGACAUCGCCUUGGAGGUGACCGUGGAUAACUUAAACGGCGAAGAUGCAUAUGAAGCUUCUGUAAUCGCUAACUUCCCCAGUACCUUGACCUAUUCUGCUUACCGUGUCUCACCAGACGAGCUGCAAGUCACCUGCACAGCAAAUCAAAAUGGAUCAAUGGCUGAGUGUGAGCUUGGGAAUCCAUUCAAACGGGACUCAAGGACAACCUUCUACCUUAUUUUGGGUACAGCGGGCAUCUCUUUCAGCACCACCGAACUGGAGGUCGAACUUAAGUUACAAACGACGAGUAACCAGGAGAAUCUAACGCCUGUGAAAGCAACGGCAAAGGUGGCCGUAGUCUUGCAGCUGUCCUUAUCAGGACAUGUCAAACCAUCUCAGGUUUACUUUACUGGGAAUGUCAAAGGUGAAUCGGCCAUGAGGACUGAAAGUGACAUUGGCAGCGCCAUCACACACCAGUUCAGGAUAAUAAACUUGGGAAAGAGACUGACAGACCUUGGAACUGCCACCCUCCAAAUAGAGUGGCCAAAGUCUACGAAGGACGGGAAGUGGCUGCUCUACCUGAUGAAGAUCAGCUCCACAGGAGUGGAGCAAAUCAACUGCACGCCCAGGGAAGAGAACCAUCUAAACUUGGGUUUGAUUAACAGCAGAACGAGAAGAGCGGCAGGAAACACCCAGGGAGGGAUUGAUUACACUUUUUCACGCUUAACGGAGAAAAAGGAAUUUGAAACUCUGACAUGUGACAAUAAAGCAACAUGUGUGACAAUAAAGUGCCCCCUGGGGGGCCUGGACAGUAAUGCAGCAAUCACUCUGAGCUCCCGACUGUGGAAUAGCACCUUCAUAGAGGACUACUCUAAGUUACAUCAUGUGAAGGUGAUCGUGAAGGCUUCUCUGCAUGUUGAGAGUGCGACGACAAACACAAUGCUGAAGAAUGCUGAGACUCAGGUGGGACUGACUGUGUUUCCAGAGCGGCGUGCUGCUCAGUAUGGAGUGCCUUGGUGGAUCAUUUUGCUGUCCAUCCUGCUUGGCCUGCUGCUGCUGGGCCUGCUGGCUUUCUUUCUUUGGAAGUGUGGCUUCUUUAAUCGGGCCAGGUAUGAAGACAAGGUUCCCAGUUACAGUGCCGUUCGGAUCAGACGGGAGGAGAGAGUGGUAAAUUCUGCAAAAGACAGCCGGGGCCACCUGGAAAAGAAGCCAUGGAUGACGACUUGGCAUGACAAGGGCCACUAUUCCUAACAGCAAGGACAUCUGUCCCUUACUGAUUGAUCAGCAGAAUUUCAAAUCUCUGCUGCCUUGGCUUUGCACAUUGAGGACUGGUAAUAUUGAGAUACAAAGUAAUUCAUUUGGCAAUAAGUCUUAAGGACUAAAUACUGGAUCAAACACUGUUGUUGUGGGACCUCGGUGUUCUUAAACUUACUCUGUGAGAUGGACCUGUGCAACUGCUGUCCUGUAGAGCAUUUUGAGCUUAUUUGGUGCAUUGGUGUUGACUAGAGACUUGGCAGUGAGAAGCUGUCAUACUGCUUUGUACGUUUGAAUGACUUGAACUGUUUGUAUUUAUUCUUGCAUGGAAUGCUUUAGUUUUUGCUUAACGAGGUGGACGAGUUAUGCAUAUUACAAAAGAAAAACAAAACACAUAACACCAAAAUCUAUUUUCCAUUAUAAACAGACUCCCCCCCCCACCCCCAAGUCUGUCUUAGUGGUUGACCUGUUUCCUCUGCCUCAGAUUGUACAUAUUCUGUAUCUUAUGUGCAAGCUGGGAACUGUAACCAGACCACAGCAAAAGUCAUUGUGUGAGACCCAGCUGAAAAAAAACAAACAAAAAAACAGAACAGUGUGACAGGGAAUGAAAUGCUUUCUUAAUAAAAACUUUUUACUACAUCA